GGCCGGCCGCGGAGCAGAGCGGAGAUCGGCGACCCCGCGCCGCAGCCCAGUUACCCCGGAGCGCCUCGGAUCCCGUGCAGGGCGCCGGCUCCAUGGCGACCGGACUCGGGGAACCAGUCUACGGACUUUCGGAAGAGGAGGGGGAAUCCCGCAUCCUCAGAGUAAAAGUUGUUUCUGGGAUUGAUCUCGCUAAGAAGGACAUCUUUGGAGCCAGUGACCCAUAUGUGAAGCUUUCAUUGUAUGUGGCAGAUGAAAACAGAGAACUUGCUUUGGUUCAAACAAAAACAAUUAAAAAGACGCUGAACCCGAAAUGGAAUGAAGAAUUUUAUUUUAGAGUAAACCCAUCUAAUCACAGGCUCUUGUUCGAAGUAUUUGACGAAAACAGAUUGACGCGAGACGACUUCCUGGGCCAAGUGGACGUGCCUCUCAGUCACCUUCCGACAGAAGACCCCACCAUGGAGCGACCCUAUACAUUUAAGGACUUUCUGCUUCGACCAAGAAGUCAUAAAUCUCGAGUGAAGGGAUUUCUGCGGUUGAAAAUGGCCUACAUGCCGAAAAAUGGAGGUCAAGAUGAGGAAAGCAGUGAGCAAAGGGACGACAUGGAGCACGGGUGGGAAGUGGUAGACUCGAGUGACUCAGCUUCUCAGCACCAGGAAGAGCUUCCUCCUCCUCCUCUGCCCCCAGGAUGGGAAGAGAAAGUGGACAAUUUAGGCCGCACUUACUAUGUGAACCACAACAACCGGACCACACAGUGGCACCGACCGAGCAUGAUGGAUGUGUCCUCCGAGUCGGACAACAACAUCAGACAGAUCAACCAGGAGGCCGCACACCGUCGCUUCCGCUCACGCAGACACAUCAGUGAGGACUUGGAGCCCGAGGCCUCGGAAGGUGGAGAGGGCCCUGAGCCCUGGGAGACCAUUUCAGAGGAAGUAAACAUGGCAGGAGACUCCCUCAGCCUGGCGCUGCCCCCGCCUCCCGCCUCCCCAGUGUCUCGGAACAGCCCCCAGGAGCUGUCGGAGGAGCUGAGCAGAAGGCUUCAGAUCACCCCAGACGCCAAUGGGGAGCAGUUCAGUUCUCUGAUUCAGAGAGAACCUUCCUCGAGGCUGCGGUCCUGUAGUGUCACGGAUGCUGUCGCCGAGCAGGCCCACCUACCACCGCCCAGUACCCCAACUAGGAGAGCACGUUCGUCCACUGUGACGGGUGGUGAGGAAUCAACGCCAUCAGUGGCCUAUGUACAUACCACGCCGGGCCUACCUUCAGGCUGGGAAGAAAGAAAAGAUGCUAAGGGACGCACAUACUAUGUCAAUCAUAACAAUCGAACCACAACUUGGACUCGACCAAUCAUGCAGCUUGCAGAAGAUGGUGCCUCUGGAUCAGCCACAAACAGUAGCAACCACCUAAUCGAGCCUCAGAUCCGCCGGCCUCGUAGUCUCAGUUCGCCAACAGUAACUUUAUCUGCCCCACUGGAGGGUGCCAAGGACUCACCCAUACGUCGGGCUGUGAAAGAUACCCUUUCCAAUCCACAGUCCCCUCAGCCAUCACCUUACAACUCCCCCAAACCACAACACAAAGUCACACAGAGCUUCCUGCCACCCGGCUGGGAAAUGAGGAUAGCUCCAAAUGGCCGGCCCUUCUUCAUUGACCAUAACACAAAGACUACGACCUGGGAAGAUCCACGCCUGAAAUUUCCAGUACAUAUGCGGUCAAAAGCAUCUUUAAACCCCAACGACCUUGGCCCUCUUCCUCCUGGUUGGGAAGAAAGAAUUCACUUGGAUGGCCGGACGUUUUAUAUUGAUCAUAAUAGCAAAAUUACUCAAUGGGAAGAUCCAAGACUGCAGAACCCAGCCAUCACUGGCCCGGCUGUUCCUUAUUCCAGAGAAUUUAAGCAGAAAUAUGACUACUUUAGGAAGAAAUUAAAGAAACCCGCGGAUAUUCCAAAUAGAUUUGAAAUGAAACUUCACAGGAAUAACAUAUUUGAAGAAUCUUAUCGGAGAAUCAUGUCUGUGAAAAGACCAGAUGUCCUAAAAGCUAGACUAUGGAUUGAAUUUGAAUCAGAGAAGGGUCUAGACUAUGGGGGUGUGGCCAGAGAAUGGUUUUUCUUACUGUCCAAAGAGAUGUUCAACCCCUACUAUGGUCUCUUCGAGUAUUCUGCAACGGACAACUAUACACUUCAGAUCAACCCCAAUUCAGGCCUCUGUAAUGAAGAUCAUUUGUCCUAUUUUACUUUCAUUGGAAGAGUUGCAGGUCUGGCAGUAUUUCAUGGGAAACUCUUAGAUGGUUUCUUCAUUCGACCGUUUUACAAGAUGAUGCUGGGAAAGCAAAUAACUCUGAAUGACAUGGAGUCUGUGGACAGUGAAUACUACAACUCUUUGAAGUGGAUCUUAGAAAACGAUCCUACUGAACUGGACCUCAUGUUCUGCAUAGAUGAAGAGAACUUUGGGCAGACAUAUCAAGUGGAUCUGAAGCCCAAUGGGUCAGAAAUAAUGGUGACAAAUGAAAACAAAAGGGAAUAUAUUGACCUCGUCAUCCAGUGGAGAUUUGUGAACCGGGUCCAGAAGCAAAUGAAUGCCUUCCUGGAGGGAUUCACAGAACUGCUUCCUAUCGACUUGAUUAAAAUUUUUGAUGAAAAUGAGCUGGAGUUGCUGAUGUGUGGCCUUGGAGACGUGGACGUGAACGAUUGGAGACAGCAUUCUAUAUACAAGAACGGCUACUGCCCAAAUCACCCCGUGAUCCAGUGGUUCUGGAAGGCUGUGCUGCUGAUGGAUGCUGAGAAGCGGAUCCGGCUGCUGCAGUUUGUCACAGGGACCUCUCGAGUCCCCAUGAAUGGAUUUGCCGAACUUUAUGGUUCCAAUGGACCUCAGCUGUUUACAAUAGAGCAGUGGGGCAGUCCUGAAAAACUGCCCAGAGCUCACACCUGCUUUAAUCGCCUUGACUUACCUCCAUACGAAACCUUCGAAGAUUUACGUGAGAAACUUCUCAUGGCCGUGGAAAAUGCCCAAGGAUUUGAAGGGGUGGAUUAAAGUCUCCUGCCUCACGGGGGCGCCGUCCAUCCAGCAAGUUCCGCAUGCACUUUUGCAUUUGUCUAACAAGACUUUUGCAGGGCCGGUGGCAAGAGAGCAGCUGCACAGCCUGGCUACUGGAGCCUAGCCUUCUCCAGGCCACGCCCAAGUUCCACCGCAGGAACCAGACCAGGCUCCAGUUCCUGCCUCUUCCACCACCAACUCUCAACUGGUUGACCUGUACACUAAUUACAUUUCAGGAGGAUGUGUUCUAUUUAUGUUGUGCCUCUGCAGGCAAGCCCUUAAUAAAUAUUUUGCAUACUUUCUAAUGACAAUGAAUGGAAUUAAUCACUCUACAGGUAUAGUAUUUCAGCUCAUGUUUACUUUUUAAAACUGAUUUAGACCAAGUCUCAGAUUUUAUUUCAUUACAAUUAAAGAUGUCUCAUGUACUUGGAAAAGUGACCCUAUUUGUUUUUGUAUUUGGAUUUCAUACAGGCUCCAUGUCAGUGACAUUUUUUUAAGUACUUUGACAGGCCCACCCUCUUAGAAACAGAAGACUAAUUUUUGUCCCUUCUAAAGACGAGUACUUUGAGAGAAUUUCAAAUAUAACAUUCAGCAUAGUGAUGAUUUCGUUUUCCAUAGUCACAAUGAAAAUAAACUGGAUAUUACUUUUUUUUGGUACAAAUUUAGGUAAUAGCUGACAGGCUGAGAUGUAACAUAGCAUGAUAUAUUUGUGUCAACCUGAAAGGAAUCACACCACCAUUCCUUAGAAGCAAUGGGGUGUGCUAGCGCAUACUGGAGACAGGGUUGGAGAAAAGUCCUUAGCCCUUCCUGUUGUUGUACAGCCAUCCUUUUAUUCUAUUUUCUUCUUUUCUGUUUGUAAUAGAAUGAAACCCACCACUGCUUGGUUCAAAAACCUGUGGGAGCCAGAUGCAUCUAAUCUCUUAUCUCUUGUGUGUUCCUUAUCGGUAGCUCAGUAGCCUGCUCUUAGGCACUAACUGCACCAAAUCUGAAGGCACUGGAUAUAGUACAUGGAGGUCCUAUCUGGUUUGUUUUGUUUAUCAUAAAUGUUAAACGUGAGUUUUUCUUAACUUGCACACAUCUUUCCAGUGCAAUAUCUAUCCUUUGUGAACUUGGCUGUGAGUGUAUAAAAACUCAGAGGUGAAGCUGGGCCUACAGAUGCUGUGCUGCCCAAUGUUUUGCAGUUUCUACCGGACUUACAAGUAUCUAUUUACUAUCCACUUAACCGAACUAUGUUCUGUAUGACCUGUUGCAUGCUUCAGUGCCGUGUACUGUCUGAGUUGUGUCUAUCGUAAAAGUGGCCGAGAAGACACCGUGUGAUCCACUGUGGUCAAGUUGUUCAGCCAGCUGUAGCCAAAAAAUUCAGGGUUGUCUGGGCAGUUGGGGUCAUCUCCAUUGCAGAGUCGUGUCAUGUUUUGGGACUGGGUGUGAGAUUGGUCACCCCAAGGUCUUAACUGAUGCUGUACUAGAUGUGGUCAUGCCAUUCAGGAGCACGAAGAACCUCUGGUGUCAGGAGUUGCCUGUAUUUAUGCAACUCUGGGUGUUACAUGAGAAGCCCUAGAAGGUUGUAGUUAUAAAUAAGUUGUCUGAGGGAAUGCAGAGGUCUGAGGUUCUAAAAGAAGGUGGAUUCUGACAGAGCUCCUCUUCAAGGUGGUUUUUAAAUAUCUAACCAUGAUCAGACAACUUAGGUAUUAAUUAUAAAAAAAAAAUAAUGUCACUCAUUGUUUUUGUCUCUUGGUGGCAUUUCCCCCUGCAGUUGACAAUGGCAAGCAAAACGUUUUAAGACCACCUUUUUGGUAAGCUUCACAAGUGUCUGUUUCAGAGCCCUGCCUGAGAGAGCAGUAGGUUUUGGUGGGUUUUGUAAUUAAAGAAGGAGAAAUAAGAUGCUAGUCUGAGAACUGGGAUUCUUCUGUCAUUUUGUAAGCUCUGUAUUUUCUUUCCAAAAAAAAGUCAGAUUAUUCACUAAAUGCAAAUUAGGCCAAACAUCAGAAGUAUGAAAAAGGAAAGCUUCUGAUCAUCUCAACAGCCGAAUGGGAAAGGAGCCCUUGAAGGCAGCAAACGUGAGGGACACUUCAGAUCAUCCGUCCCUUACUCAUAGCUGAUUGGAACAAAAACUACAACUAGAUUCGUGGAGGGUUUUGGUUCGCCAGUCUUCAACAGUUUGUGAAGUUUCACUCUGCCUGAAAUGCUGUGUGUUUUGUCUCCAAAUCUGAUGCCCACUUUUUGGUCGUCUGGGUGACACCUCUGCUUGCGGCCAGGCUUAGUUUGUUGUCGCCGGCUGGAGCCCUUCUGCAUGCCCCUCAGCACUCUUCCCUUCUUUCUGUUGCCUGGUUCUGUUACCCACUGCAGUCCCAGUUCUCUGGCUUCCUGAGCAGCGGCGGUCAUGCAGGCCUUUUACCAGAAGCCAAAUGGUAGAUGCAGCCCUCGGGGGAUGUGCACAAGGGCAGAGCAUCACUGGCUGCUCCAAGCCUCGGGUGUUUCUGUGCCUGCUCCCUUCCUGCUCUCUGGGUGACUUUGGAUUAACUUCAGCAGCAUGUUGCUUCCUCCUCUCAGCCUCUGCAGCAAAGGAGGAAUCCUCCAUUUGUCUCUUUGAAAUAUUAGGCCUCAAUGUGCUUUCUUUAUCUAGCUAGAACAUCUACUUUUACUUUUUUGGAAACAGCAGUCCUUUAGUGUUUGCUUUUUUGGGGGGGUGGUUGGUGCAUUUGUUUUUUUUUUUUUUUUUUUAGUAGCCAGACCUCUUAACAACCACGAGAACCAGAUUCGUUUAUUAUCUUGCCUCCAAGGCUCUUGGGUAGAUGACAUCAGACAUUCCUAAUUUCAGAUGGCAAAUGAUACCUAAAGUGACUUGGCAGAGAUUGUUCCUCCCACCUGAAGGACCCAGUGGCAUAGUCUGAGAAAUGGUGAGCAAAAUACUUGAACCACUCUCAGUAUUUCACGGGUACCUUUGCUCUUGCCAGAUCCCAGUUUGCUCUCUGGAAAGCCAAGUUCCUGUCCAGCAAAUUCUAGUUGUGCUAAGAUCUACCAGUUUACCAAUUGGAUCUUGUAUUUUCCUAAUUGUCUUGUAUCUCCCCUCUGAAAUUGUAAAGGCUUUGAGCAAAGAGAGCCUGGGUUCAUCCGCUGCCUGGCUCCGCCCCGCUGGGCUGGCUCUCCUCUCUCAUCAUCAGCCUCAGCACCCCUGAGGCGAUGCUGUCUGAUGUCAUUUUCUACCUGGCCACUAGGGGUGCUGCUGUGCAGGGUCACUGCCUACCCCGGCUGCCUGUCUCAAUCCCCAGAAAAUCGCACACUACCUCUGUCUUCUUCAGGCAUUGGGGUACAUCCUAACUCAUGUCGAAACUGCCAAUUUUAGGACUGAGUUGUGUUGUGGGGGGGGGCGGGGACUUACAAACUCCACUUUGUACUUUAGCUUUUAAAACUGGGGAGAAAAAUGUGAUAUACUUUGGACCACUUUUUUAAUUUAUAUAAGCCUUAAUGAACAGUGUAUAUAUUACACUUGUAUAUGGACACUCUACUCCAGAGUGGUUUUGGUGUGUCAGAGAAAAUGCUGUAGCAUUAGGACAUGAGCCUGUGUACUGUUUGUAGAAAAGGCAUAGUUUUCUGUUGGUGUGAUACUUUCCAAGAAAACACGGCAUUCAAUGUCUUCUCCUUUGUUAAAAGCUGUUACACUCAAAGCAGUGCAUGUUUAAAGUGCAUGUCCCUUUGUUGGUUGCUUUUGUCUGUAAGGAGUAAUGUAGGAACCUCAGGACAUCGCUGUUGGUGCCUGACCUCUCAUGUACUGCAUUCUUGACCUUCUGUCUUCUUUCUUGUGACCAUAACCUGUGUCAACAAAUGUCUGUUCCUGUGUAAGUUCCUCUGCCCCUCGUAUUGACUAAUUUCACCUAAAUCGUCAACAGUUUCCUUCAUGUUAAUUCUGGGUGACUCUGUUCUUCCUUUAUGACUCUGUAUGAAACACGAAUACAUAUAUACAUAUGUAUGCUGUCCAAAUAUACAUGUAUAUAUUUGUAUAGCAUUUUUACACCUUUAUGGGCCAUUUGGAUUCAAAGGGAGUGAGAAGUUAGUUCCUUCUGCAGUUUUUUUCCAAGCUGUGUCCUUAAAUAUCCUGCUACUCCGAGCCUGAGAGAACCCUAGGAAGAGGAUGUUAAUUUGCUAUCUUUUCUUAAUUAAUGAUCUGUUAUCAAACAAAACAUGGGGGGAAAGUGACUUUUGAGGUGAAAAGUAUUUCAAGCAUUCCAAAUGAAUUCUCAGUGUUCAGUAACUUUCUACUCUAAACUCACCUCCUAAAGGAAGCCAACUACUAUUUCUUACAAUGGUCAAAACCAAACUACCUUCAGGGUUUGUUUGUUUUU